GUGAGAGUGAGAUGUAGCUUCAACACGCAGCCGCCCGUUGGUUCUGUUAAAACACACCACUGACGAGCUUUAUUACCGUUGACCGUUUCCCUUCAGCUGCUGUGGGUUUCCAGGCCGCCAUUUUGGAUUUGUUGGAAGUCUCUGGGGCUUCUUCACCAUGAUCGACAAAGGUAUUUAUAUUGUGCAGGGUGAAAUAAAUACAGUUGUUGGUGCUAUAAAGAGAAAUUCAAGAUGGAGCACACAUACACCUUUGGAUGAAGAGCAAGAUCCACUACUGAAUAGCUUCAGCCACCUCAAAGAAGUGUUGAACAAUAUAACAGAGCUCUCAGAAAUAGAACCAAAUGUUUUCCUUCGACCUUUCCUGGAGGUGAUUAGGUCAGAAGAUACAACUGGACCUAUCACAGGAUUGGCAUUAACAUCAGUUAACAAGUUCCUGUCCUAUGGAUUGAUAGAUCUGAGUCACGAUGGGGCAGCAGAAGGAAUUGAAAACAUGGCAGAUGCUGUCACACAUGCUCGUUUUGUAGGAACAGAUCCAGCAAGUGACGAAGUUGUCCUGAUGAAAAUUUUACAGGUUUUGAGAACAUUACUCCUUACUCCUGUUGGUGCUCAUCUAACAAAUGAAUCAGUUUGUGAAAUAAUGCAGUCAUGUUUUCGAAUAUGUUUUGAAAUGAGACUUAGUGAGUUAUUGAGGAAAUCUGCUGAGCACACACUGGUAGACAUGGUGCAGCUGCUGUUCUCAAGGCUACCUCAGUUCAAAGAAGAAGCCAAGAGCUUUGUGGGAACCAGUAUGAAGAAGCUUAAGAUGAGAGCAGGAGGAAUGAGCGACUCCUCUAAGUGGAAAAAACAAAAGAAAUCGCCACGACCAUCUCGUCAUGUCACUAAACUUCCCUCAGCGUCAGAGCAGCAAUCCUUACCUGGACAGGUUUUAUAUAGUUCUGGAAGCACUGUACCUCAGCUGUUAAACAGCAACGCAGGUGAAGCACCCUUCCUGGAUCAAGCAGUUGUAUCUGUGGCGCCUACAACUUUUACUUCAACUUCUAUUAAUGAAGCCCUAUCCUCUGUCUCGAGUCCUACCACAGACAGUGGCAUGGAAUUUUCUUCCAAGACAACAUCAAAGGAAGAUCUUAGUGACCUUGACCAGCUGAGCUCUGCAGGUGCCACUCCAUUAAAUACCCCUUCUGGCGAGUGUGGCAACGACAAAAUGGAAGAUCCACCUGUUCAGCAGGAGUCUCUGAAGGGUGGAAGAAUGGAAAGCUAUUUGCCUAAGGAAGCGAAGACUCAAUCCACAUCUAUAGAGUCUAUUCCAGAAGUUUUAGAAGAUCGUGACUCGCUCACGGAAACCUCUGAUACUGCAUCCAUCCAUGAAGUACACGACAUGGACUACGUUAACCCUCGUGGGGUUAGGUUUACACAAUCAAUACAGAAAGAAGGUGCAGCCCUGGUUCCAUAUGGCUUGCCUUGUAUACGUGAACUGUUCCGUUUUCUUAUCUCCCUCACAAAUCCACAUGACCGUCACAACUCUGAGGUCAUGAUUCACAUGGGUUUACAGCUGCUUACAAUUGCAUUGGAAUCAGCACACAUUGCCAACUAUGUGUCAUUGCUUGGUCUUGUUAAAGAUGAACUUUGUCGCCAUCUGUUUCAGUUGCUGAGUAUAGAACGUCUUAAUUUGUAUGCUACUUCUCUCAGGCUGUGCUUCCUUUUGUUUGAGAGUAUGAGGGAGCAUCUUAAGUUCCAACUUGAGAUGUAUUUGAAAAAACUAAUGGAAUUAAUAACAUCAGAAAACCCCAAAAUGCCAUAUGAAAUGAAGGAAAUGGCUUUGGAAGCUCUUGUCCAACUAUGGCGAAUCCCAAGCUUUGUCACAGAACUGUACAUCAAUUUUGAUUGUGAUUUCUACUGUUGUAAUCUUUUUGAAGAUCUUACAAAGCUACUUUCCAAGAAUGCUUUUCCUGUAUCUGGACAGCUAUACACCACCCAUUUGUUGUCACUUGAGGCUUUGCUAACAGUUAUUGACAGCACUGAAGCUCAUUGCCAAGCAAGAGUUCUCAAUAAUACUUUACAGCAGGACAAAAAGGAUGCAAAUAAAUCAACAAUAGAAAUGAAGAAUAGCAAAGACAUCACGAAUGGUGUUGAAAGAUCAGGGACUAAUCGGAGUUUGCCUGUUUUCGAUGUGGAAACCUCUGUACCUCAUCCACCCACCAGUGGUCACCUUAUGGCUCACAAGAUGAAACUAGGACGACAGGUUGCAGAGCAAAAUGAAACUGUUGAGAAAAAGAUUCCGAAGAAACCACCUCGAUUUUCUUCUUUUCUACCAAGUGCUGAAGAGUUGUCCGAGAUUAAAAGCAAGAAGAAGUUGCUUAUUGCAGGAACGGAACAGUUCAAUCAGAAACCAAAAAAAGGCAUUCAGUUUCUUCAGGAGAAAGGCCUGCUUGCUUCCCCAAUGGAUAAUAACGAAGUAGCUCAGUGGCUCAGAGAAAACCCACGACUGGACAAAAAAAUGAUUGGAGAGUUUGUCAGUGAUCGUAAAAAUAUUGAACUCCUGGACAGUUUUGUUGGGACUUUUACUUUCCAAGGAUUGAGAGUCGAUGAAGCAUUACGCUCGUAUCUAGAAGCCUUCAGACUUCCUGGUGAAGCUCCUGUCAUUCACAGAUUGCUGGAAGUCUUUACAGAUCACUGGCACAAAAUUAACGGUUCACCAUUUGUCAACAAUGAUGCCUGCUUUGCUCUUGCCUAUGCGGUAAUAAUGCUGAACACAGAUCAGCACAAUCACAAUGUCCGCAAGCAAAACGUGCCAAUGACACUGGAGGAGUUCAAAAAGAACCUAAAAGGAGUCAAUGGCUCCAAAGAAUUUGACCAAGACAUGUUGGAAGACCUCUAUAAUGCAAUCAAAAAUGAUGAGAUUGUGAUGCCAGAGGAGCAAACUGGUUUUGUGAAGGAGAACUAUCUGUGGAAUGUUCUUCAGAAUCGUGGGAGCUCGCCAGAAGGCAUUUUCCUACAUGUACCCUCUGGAACCUAUGAUCAUGACCUGUUCACCAUGACGUGGGGACCCACGAUAGCUGCACUUUCAUAUGUAUUUGACAAGAGCUUAGAUGAAAGUAUAAUUCAGAAGGCAAUUUCAGGUUUCAGGAAAUGUGCAAUGAUCUCAGCUCAUUAUGGACUUAGUGAUGUGUUUGACAACCUUAUCAUUUCUCUGUGCAAGUUUACAGCUCUUAGUAGUGAGUCAGUGGAGAACCUUCCUAAUGUUUUUGGUAGCAAUGCGAAAGCUCAACUCGCAGCCAAAACUGUGUUUAACUUGGCUCAUCGUCAUGGUGACAUUCUUAGAGAGGGGUGGAAGAACAUUAUGGAUGCAAUGUUGCAGCUCUUCCGUGCUGAGCUUUUACCAAAAGCCAUGGUGGAGGUAGAAGACUUUGUGGAACCCAAUGGGAAAAUCUCUCUCCAGCGUGAAGAAACUCCUUCAAACCGCGGUGAAUCUACAGUCUUAAGCUUUGUUAGCUGGCUCACACUGAGUGGCAAUGAACAGUCUGGCCUCAGGGGACCAUCUAUGGAAAAUGAAGAAGCAAAGCAAGCAGCAUUGGAAUGUAUUAAGCAAUGUGAUCCAGAGAAGCUGAUCACUGAAAGCAAAUUUCUUCAACUGGAAUCUCUGCAAGAGCUAAUGAAGGCUCUCAUUUCUGUGACACCGGAUGAAGAGACGUAUGAUGAAGAAGAUGCUGCGUUCUGCUUGGAAAUGUUGCUGCGGAUAGUCCUUGAAAACAGAGACCGAGUGUCAUGUGUCUGGCAGACUGUCCGAGACCAUCUCUACCACCUGAGUGUUCAUGCAACUGAACAGUGCUUCCUUGUUGAACGAGCAGUUGUAGGUCUGCUUCGACUAGCUAUACGAUUGCUACGCAGGGAAGAAAUCAGUUCACAGGUUCUCCUAUCCUUGAGAAUUUUACUUAUGAUGAAACCAAAUGUCCUGUCAAGAGUGAGUCGGCAAAUUGCAUAUGGCCUGCACGAGUUGUUAAAGACCAAUGCUGCUAAUAUACACUGCAGUGACGACUGGUGUACCUUGUUCACUCUCUUAGAAUGUAUUGGAGCUGGAGUCAAACCACCCCCAGCUCUACAGAUCACAACUGGAGUUGAUAACAGUGAUGCAGGUGCACAAUCUGAUAGUGAGAUUGCAUCUUAUCACCCCAGCGAAAUUAGUUUAGAUCGUGGGUAUACUUCAGACUCAGAAGUCUAUGCUGAACAUGGCAAGCAGACGAAAAUGCAUCGCUCUGUUACUGACGUUGACGUGGCCAGCAGUGGUUGGCUUGUGGUAGGAAAAGAUGACUUGGAAAUAAAUAAACCUGGUCAAGAUACCAAGCAGGGCCCUUCUCUCUUAGUCAAUCAGUACAGCCUAACUCUGGGACAAGAAUUGGGUUCGCAUGAUACCAAGUCACUCAUCAAAUGUGUGGAAUCACUCUCUUUUAUUGUUCGUGAUGCAGCCCAUGUGACACCGGAAAACUUUGAACUGUGUGUAAAAACUAUUCGCAUCUUUGUAGAGGCAAAUCUGAAUGGGGGGUACAAAUCGCAUGAAAAAAAGUCUAAAAUGUAUAAAUUUGAUAAACCUAACCGACUGAAGAAGAAGCAAAAAGACAAGGAUAAUUCCAUGAAGCGGUCAAAGACCUUUAGUCACCGUCCAUCAAGGUCACAUAGUGAUGAUGAGGAGGAUGAAAGUGUCCCAGCAAGUUACCAUACUGUGUCAUUACAGCUUCUCGAUUUGAUGCAUACACUACACACUCGAGCUGCCAGUAUUUACAACUCAUGGGCUGAAGAACAGCGCCACCUGGAGGCCUCAGAAAAGAAAAUAGUAGCAGAUGCUCGUACUUUGUGGUCAAACUGCUGGUGUCCUUUGUUGCAAGGUAUUGCUUGGCUUUGCUGUGAUGCUAGACGUCAAGUUAGGAUGCAAGCACUCACCUAUCUACAAAGGGCUCUAUUAGUACAUGAUCUGCAAACACUUGAUGCUUUAGAAUGGGAGUCCUGCUUUAACAAGGUAUUGUUUCCACUGCUGACCAAGCUGUUAGAAAACAUCAGCCCAGCUGAUGUUGGAGGAAUGGAAGAGACCAGAAUGCGAGCUUCAACACUACUCUGCAAAGUAUUCCUUCAACACUUGUCGCCAUUGUUGUCUCUGCCAACAUUCGCUGCUUUGUGGUUAACAAUCCUGGAUUUCAUGGACAAGUACAUGCAUGCAGGAUCCAGUGACUUACUGUUAGAAGCAAUUCCAGAAUCACUGAAGAAUAUGCUAUUGGUUAUGGAUACAGCUGGCAUUUUCCAUUGUGCUGAUUCUAGGACGGGUUAUUCACAGCUGUGGGAGAUCACAUGGGAAAGAAUAGAUUGUUUCCUGCCUCGUCUGAAAGAUGAACUCUUCAAACAAGCAGUAAUUCAAGACCCUGUUCCCAGUGCAGCAGUGGAACCACCUACUCCAAAUCCAGUGCAAUCUGUGAGCAAUGCACAAGCAACUAUCUUUUCAAUCUCAGGUGAAACAAACGCAUCCAGUCUCACAACUGGGCAAGAACACUCCAAGGAGGCCAGUGCCAAUGAUGCUGAAAAUGUGCCAGUUCGAGGAACUACGAACAUAACUCCAGCAGCAACUCCCAUCUCUACACCAGUGAAGAUGAGCGUAAUACCUGACAUGAAUCAGUCAGUCUCUCAGUCCCCAUUAAUUCUACAGCCUCUUACUUCUUCAUUACAGGUUGGCGUUCCACCAAUGCCUUUACCCAUAAUACUUAAUCCAGCUCUAAUUGAAGCUACUUCUCCUGUCCCUUUAUUGUCCACGCCUCGGCCCGCUAACUCUUCCACUGCUUCUCAGGUGAACUAGAUCUAGCAUGGAGAGGAAGCUAGUUACACCAGUCAUUUUCCCAUAUAGUUCAAAUGGUCUAUGAUUUUCACAUGCCUAGUCAUCUGGUUGGUGUAUUCUUCCGAGUCUCCCUCUGCACAGUUUUGUUUUACAGCCCACCUUCCUUCAUUUUCUACCAGCUUGGUGUGCUGUAUAUAUUCGAGAUUUAAAUAUGCACUCACAAAUUUAAACAAAGAAUACUGCAUGAGUUUUCCCAAUUUUGAACAAGCCCAUAUUUUCAUGUGUCCUUAAUAUAUUUUGGUCAUGAAUUGAAGGAUAGCUAGGACAUACUGGUACCUGUGUGAUAUUGUUUGAUAUAUAUAUUACAUUGGCUUCAGGUUAUAAGAAAUCUUCUGAAAUGCAAAUUGUGCUGUGAGCUAUUAAGUAAUAAUUUGCUUGAGUAUAUUUUUAUUUUUUAACCAGAGUGAAUUUUCUGUUUUAACAGCUAAGUAAUUUUGACCUUAUUUAAGAGACGAAUAUAAACUUUGUCUAGUGAAAUUCAUUGCUUUAAUUUUUUUUACAAACUCAAGUGGGCACACCAUUCAUUGUUUCUGGCUGUCUGUGUAGAAUAAUAGUUCUGUAAGAGUGAGUCACAGGACUGAUAACACAUUCAAAUCAAAGGUGCAUAUUAUCCAAGCUUUCAAUUGGCUUGUAAAAAAUCACUUUAAAAACUCUAGCUGAACUCUUAUUUGAUGUACUACUGUAUAUGAUUAUUUUUCUACUUGUAUGUAGUUGUUACUGAAACAUCCAUUGAUAGCUUCCUGAAAAUGAGAUAUGGCAAUUACAGGUUUCAUGAUAGAAUUACUCUGGUAAAUCUCAAAGGCCAGGAUUGCAGAAACUUUCUUGUGGUCCUGCAAAAUUGCAUAGCCACCAAAUUAUAAAUAUAAAAUGACAGGGUGGGAUCAUUGAAAGAUCAUUACCUAGGUAUUAAGGUAAUGACAUAUUAAGUCCAUGUGCAUGCAAACAUGGAUGUGCUGUACAGGGAUGAAAUUCAGUUUACACUAACCUUUGAAAGCCACUUUUCAUAAUGGCAUGUGAAGCAAUGUUCAUUUUACUUAUUUUCACAAAGCUUGACAUUUUUUUCCCCUCACAUCUCAACAGAUGCUAGUUUCCUAUUUUUCCAUCGAUACUGACAAAUUUCACUUUGAAAUCAUUUGCCUCAAAUUAUACACAACUCUAUUGAACGUCCACACUGCAUGCUGUGUAAAAUUUUGGCCAAAGCACACUGCACUGGUGCAUUUAUUAAAAUUUAAAUGACCAAUUCAAAAUUUAUUCAAAAUUGCCAGUCUCAACAUUUUGGCCAGAUCCAGUCUUUUGAAGUCAAUUAGAAAUGUGUGUGCUACAUAAACAUUCCUGACACCUUAACUUCACAUGCUGGCAAGUAGAGUUAGAUGUCGUAGCCAGGCAUAGGUGAAAGUGAAAAGGCAUGAAAACCCCAAAGCUCUAUUAUUAUUAGAACAAUUAUUUGGUGAGCCUAACAACCAAAUCACUAUUGAAUUUGAGACCAAUAGAUAGAUCCUAUAUUUAAAGUCAUUGCAUUGUUUUUUUCGCUCCGGAUUUUGUACAUUUCAGUUGCCUAGGUUUGAAUUUAAUGGUAAUGUGUGCAAAAUAUCAACAGCCUAGUAAAUAUAUAUCUAUGGUGAAGGAGUCUCAUGAACUGUUCUACCAUAUUGUUAGUACGACCCAAUAAGAAUCCAGGUGUGGUAAACAAAUAAUAAAGGUGAUGUAUAUAAAUUAAGAAUGAUAAAAAAAUCAAAUGUACUUUUUACAGAGUAAUAAAUAUCGAAUGUAAAGUAAUUCUUUAAAUGGCAGUUUGUUGAUUUAAGAGCAAAUGCUCAGACCAGCUGCCACUUGGAAUGAGUCUCAUGUAAAUGUAGGAAGUUAUUUGUCUUUGAAGCUUCAGAUGGUAACAUCAGAGCUUGACAAGGCUUAUUUAAGUUACCCAAUAAAGUUUUUUUCCAUAAGAAAAAA